GCCCCAAAAGCAUAGGAUGUGCCUACAGAGAAGAUCUUGCUUAUGGAGGCGAUUCGAGUUGUGGCUAAAUUCGGCUCGUAUUCACCAAGUUUCCUACUUCGGUAGAGACGCCGCUGUUGGGUUGGUAGGUAGCAUAAAAAGGGCGAGUCCAUCCUUUAACUGGAAAAACAUUCAUUACUUGACGUCUGUCUCUAUUUUUUCAUAAAAUCUGAAUGUCCAUACAAUGAGCACUCACGACUAUAAAAUUUACCCACCAAGCUACUCCUCCAUCAUUCGGAGAUGUAGUAGCAGCCAAUCCGAGAGUACCGACUUGUACUCUGAUGCCGCAUCAGACGCGACAACCAUUGUAUCCAUCGACGAAAGUUCCCAAAGCCAAUUCUGUCCGGGUCGAUCCUUCCAAAUUGAUGCGCGCGGAAUAGGCCUCUUUCGCUUCCCCAUCCCAAUGCCAGUGCCUGAUUUCCAGAUGGAAAUUCCCAUUUUCGACCACACCAAUAACGACAGGAUAGCCUAUGUAUCUAGAAGAAGUCGGCUGCAUUCUGGUGAUGCUGUACUGAGUGAUACGCGGACAGAAGCGGAGCUGGUAGAGACGAAGUAUUUCUUUGGGCCGGGAAGAGACCCUAUCCUACAUGUCUACAGCUCUCUUAAUGAAGACUGUUUGUCGAGCGCUUCAAAGUACACGGUCCCGAUAAUAGCUAAAUGGACCUCUCGUACCAUUAAGUUCACUGUACCAAGACAUGAUAAACACCCCGAAAGUGAAUUUGAAUGGUCAUAUGGAAAGCGGAGAGACACUGAAACGGGGAAUAGAACCAAUCUGAUCGUCCUUCGGCAUCAGACACUUGCUCCGGGGGAAGACGACGAGACUAAUCACGGAAAUGGGAAGGGAAAGAUUAUUGCGGAAUUUGGUCGGUCCAAGGAGACACGCACAGCAGGAUCAACGUGUAGCACCGCAGGCAAUGGUGGGCUUCUUAUUAUCGACCGCGUGGCAGACGAGUAUCUUGAUGAGGCGGUUGUGGUGGCGACGUGCCUGGUGAUGCUGAAAAGAGAGAUUGACCGGAGGAGGAUGUCCCGGAUGGCUUUCGUCUCUUUCAUCUUAUAAUACGUGAUGUAGAUGCCUUAUCUCUAGUUCUGGGAAUAUUUAGAUUCAUAUAUCAUAUCAUACUUUUUUAUAGUGGUUAUAGCGGAGAACCAUGGUCCGUCGGCAGUCGAAUAGCCGUCGACGUCGGCCGAUAUCGCUAUGAAUGUCAACAUAGUUGGUUCUCCCCGCAGU